AUGUCCCCGGGAUGUCCCAAAGCCGGGGUGAGCCGGGACCUGCCGCCCUCGGCCCGGUGCGCUCGGACCCGGCCCUCCUUCCGUGCGGGCCCCGCGGCUGCGGCGCCUCCGUGCCCGCGGCACCUCGGGAACGGCGGGGCGAGGGUUUUCCCCUUUUCCUGCUCGGGGAGGUGCCGAUCGCUUCAGCCGGGCCGUGCUGGCAGGAUGCUGCUCCCCCUGCUCUCCCCGCAGCUGUGCCGGCCCCUCCACUGCCUCCUGCGGGACGUGUCCCGCUGCAGGUGGCACGGGCAGGGGGCUGCCUGUCCCCACAGGGCUCUGCACACAGCCUGGGCCGCCUGCAGCGGUGACAUCACCCCUGUGUUCACCAGGGCUCUGGCUUUCGGGGACAGAGUGGCCAUCGUCGACCAGAACGGGGAGCACACGUACGGGGACCUGCUGGGCCGGAGCCUCCGCUUAUCCCGGGAGAUCUGCGGGCUCCUGCGGUGCCCCAGCGGGGACCUGAAGGAAGAGAGGAUCUCCUUCCUGUGCCCCAACGAUGCCUCCUACGUGGUGGCCCAGUGGGCUUCGUGGAUGAGCGGGGCCAUAGCGGUGCCCCUGUACAGGAAACACCCCGUGCCCGAGCUGGAAUACGUGAUCCAGGAUUCCCAGAGCGCUCUGGUCGUCGCGGCCGAGGAGCUGGCGGGGAAAAUAACCCCCAGUGCCAAGAGGCUGGGAGUGCCCGUGCUGCCCCUUCCCAGCUCCGGUGGGGAUGGAUCCUCCAGCCCCGCAGCCACGGAGGAGGGGCCCUUGCCAAGCUGUUCCUCGUGGAAGGACAGAGGGGCCAUGAUCAUCUACACCAGCGGGACAACGGGCCGGCCCAAGGGUGUCCUCAGCACCCACGAGAACGUGCAGGCCGUGACCACGGGGCUGGUUGAGAAGUGGGAGUGGAAGAAGGAGGAUGUGAUCCUGCACGUGCUGCCCCUGCACCACGUCCACGGCGUGAUCAAUAAGCUGCUGUGCCCGCUGUGGGUGGGAGCCACGUGCGUCAUGUUCCCGGAAUUCAACGUGCACAUGGUGUGGAAGAAGCUCCUGAGCUCCCAAGCUCCCCGUGUCAGUGUGUUCAUGGCAGUGCCCACCAUCUAUGCCAAGCUGAUGGAAUAUUACGACCAGCAUUUCACCCAGCCCCAAGUGCAGGAUUUCGUGCGUGCCUUUUGCCAGGAGAACAUCAGGUUAAUGGUGUCAGGCUCAGCAGCCCUGCCUGUGCCUGUCCUGGAGAAGUGGAAGAGCAUCACGGGGCACACCUUGCUGGAGAGGUACGGGAUGACUGAGAUUGGCAUGGCGCUUUCUAACCCUUUGCAUGGAGUCCGUGUCCCAGGUUCCGUGGGCACGCCGCUGCCCGGCGUGGAAGUGCGCAUCGCCAGCGAGACCCUGAGGGACGGCGCUCGGUCCUACACCGUCCACGCCCAGGGGGAUGAGAACAGCACACAGGUGACGCCGGGCCUGGAGGGACAGGAGGGGGAGCUGCUGGUGAAGGGCCCCUCGGUGUUCCGCGAGUACUGGAACAGACCCAAGGAAACGGCCGACGCCUUCACGCCCGACGGAUGGUUCCGGACAGGAGACACGGCGGCGUUCAAGGAUGGAGUGUACUGGAUCAAGGGCCGCACCUCCGUGGACAUCAUCAAAAACGGAGGGUUUAAAGUCAGCGCGCUGGAGGUGGAGCGUCACCUCCUCACACACCCCCACAUCACAGACGUGGCGGUGAUCGGGCCCCCGGACGCGGUGUGGGGACAGCGGGUCAGCGCCGUGGUGAGGCUGCGCAGGGGGGAGAUGCUCUCCGUGAGGGACCUGAAGGAAUGGGCCAGGGACACCAUGGCUCCCUACGCCAUCCCCACAGAGCUGAUCGUGGUGGAGGAGAUCCCGCGCAACCAGAUGGGCAAAGUCAACAAGAAGGAGCUCCUGAAGCGCUUUUACCCGGCCUAGUGCCCGCCUGGGGGGGCUUGGCCCUGAUCCACGGCUGGCUGCAGCCUGGUCCUUAAAUAAUAUCCAGUAAAAGUAGGAGUUUUCCUGCCUGGCUGAGCUGAGCUGGAGCUGCAGUUAGGGUUUCCUUGUGUGGGAGCCCUUUGCAGGAGUCACAGAAUCCCAGAACGGUUUGGGUUGGAAGGGACCUUAAAGCCCAUCCAGUGCCACCCCUGCCAUGGGCAGGGACACCUUCCACUACCCCAGGGUGCUCCAAGCCUCAUCCAGCCUGGCCUUGGACAUUUCUGGGGAUCCAGGGGCAGCCACACCUGCCUCAGCAUCCCUCACAGGGAAUGAUUUCCCAGCAGAAAUAAAGAAUAAAUUCAAAAUCACAUAUAAAUACUGACUCUAUUGAUAAAUCCCACCUUUAUCUGUGGAAGUUUGUCCCUGUUUGACUCCACACGUGAGCUGCCAGCCCCGGGGGUCGAUAAUGCCAGAGGGGACGGCGUUGGGCAGCCACCAUCCAUCUGGUCUGAUGCUGCCCAGUGCCGAGGGGGUGACAGGGAGCUCCAGCUUUUCCCAGCAGCUCAUGGGGCUCUGGAAGCACCAAGGAGGAGCACAAAUAAUUACAGGCAUUCCUUUGUUAGGGUCACUAGAGCCCCAAAAAUCUGGGAGGACGUGGAGAGAACGUGGAAAGGACCAUGGAGGGGACCGUGAUGAGCACAUGGUGCUG